AUGAAAAUAAUCGAGUUUCAUGAACGAGGCCUUCGCCAUCAGAAUAAUGUCAAGAAAAAGCUUUCAGAGCUUACUAAACGUAAUCAAGUUCAAAAGCAUGAGACUGAUAAAUACAAUUCACAAUUGAUGAAGAUUGAAGCUGCUGCUCUGAGUGCGUUUAGUAAAGACAUAGCAGCUGAUCCAAGUAAAGUACAAGAAUUAGCAACAACUAAAUCAAUGAUCUCUACAAUUAAAAUGCCGAAAGAUGAGGCAAGUACAUCGUUAGCAGGAAAUAGAUUCGGUGGUGGUGGUGUUUCCAUUUAUGGAGAUUGUAUGGAGGAAAAUAAAAUUCUGGUUUCGGGUCGAGAAAAAGCUUUAGAUACAAUUACGAGUAAAAUGAGCAAAAAAUAUCAAUGGUUAGAAUCUAAAACAUCAGAGGGAAAAGCUUAUUAUUGGAAUAGAAAAACUUUGGAAACCAUUUGGGAACCGCCGAGCUCAGGAUAUUUGACAAUUGAUGAACAACAAAAGAUGGGAAUUAAUCGAGAUAAUGUUCCGUUAAUUGGUGCACUAGGAUAUAAAUACGAUCCUUAUGGUCAAUGGGAAAAUAUCGAAAAUAAAUCAACAGAAACAUCUCCACCCAAU